ACGAAACGGAAGUAACAUUCUACGUAGUUUUGCAAACAAUAAGUUUAGCCAAGUUCCUUCUUCCUUUGACCUGAUGUGCAGCAUGUACCUGGAUUUAAAGAAACUAUUGUUUCUAUCUAUGGUCAAUAUCGGAAUAUCAGCACAAGCAGAUGAUCAGACCAACCUGGGUCAACACUUUCUGUUCAGUGUGCCUUUGACCCCAAUAUGGACAAGGAAGGCCACGGCGAGUCUGUUCACUCUCUCCAAUGACACCGUGGACAUUGAGAUGGAAGUUCUCUUUGUGAAUGUCUCAGUUCAACGGAUGAAGAAGGGAAACUUUAGCGUGGUCAGGAAUCAAUCGACAGACAUAGCACUACCCAUCAAUAGAUUGGGGUACCAACGUGGAGUCAGGUUCUACGCUGAAGUGAUAGAUCUGAAAGGCAGCGAUGACUUUGGCGUGUGUCUUGUCUACUACGAAACUAGUCUAUUGUCCAUAGCCACCACGUUAAUUCUGCCCGUGGAAACGUUCGCCUAUGAAUACAUAUUAACACCUUUCAAGUACGCAGUGUUCUACAUAAUACUGACCCAAGAGUUUACGAAAAUUGAAGGCUCUUUGCCCACGAUUGAUUCACCAAUGCUCUCCACAUUGAAUAGGGAUGUAAUACGCAGUACCAGUAUUAUGCAACAAGUGGAGCACCUAAGAGAAAUCAAUGAUGACUUAAAUCAAGGAUUCAUAAAUUAUGACGCUAUAAAAAUAAAACCCCUAAAAAAUAUCGGUCUGAUUACUGGAAGUCAUGCAGACUUGGACAAUGAUAUGGCAUGCUACCAGCAAAUGGCCUUGUCGACUGAUGCAACCAUUGAAACGAUUCCUCCCAAGUACACCGCCGGCAAGAGCUUCAUCAUUUUCCCUAUCACCAACGGCUCAAAGGACAACUAUAUAACUGUCGUGGCCAUGGAGGUUUACACAGUUAUCACGGUGCAUCGACCUGUGAAACAGGACACGUACUUGGCUUCUGAAGGGGAAUCCACAAAGAUUAGGAAUGUCUCUGACGGGCACAGACUUGUGACCUCAUCUAAGCCUGUCCAGUGUUACUACAUCAUGAGGUCCAUCUGCGGAGGGGAAGUGGGGGACUCCUCGCUCUCAUUACUGGCACCGACAAAUCUCUUUUUAAACCGUUACAUAUGGAGUCUCCCUUUGGAAGCCGAAUUUCAAACCAAUAGCUUCAUGAAGUUCAUAAUCCGCGAAUUGGAAUAUAACGAAACUCUAGUAUUAGACGGCGUUCCUUUAAACAUGUCUGAGUUUGACCUCCAACGUGUGUACGGCGACUUGCGCUGGAUGGCAGGGGAGUCGUCACUGAAUGAUUCUGUAAGCCUCCAUGACAUCUACCACUCUUCGGGGAAACUCUUUGGCUUGUAUCUCUACGGCAUCCACAAGUAUUUCUCCUACAUGCAAGUAGCCGGAUACAAAGUGAUCUCGUGUAUAGAAAACCUGAGAGAUAUGAUGCCAGACGACAAGCUGGACAACGACUGUGAUGGAAAUGUGGACGAGGAGAUGCUAGAUAAUAAAGACGAUGAUGGUGACACACUUAUUGACGAGGAUGUCGUUAUGCCUGAGUUAGAGAUAACCACACGGGCAGAAAUGAAAACAACAAUUGUUACAACUACUGAGAUUCCGGAAACCACAGAGUCGACAACACUAAUUACAGAAGAAGUCACCACAGAAACCACGGAAGCAGACAUGACCACAGAAAAAGAUAAUAUAACGGUUAGUGCAAUUAUAUUUGAUAAGUGGGACGUAAGGAAUUAUUUAUUCUUUUUCAUCUUGGGAAUCAUAAUUUUGUUACUCAUCAUUACCAUCAUAUUGGUCUGUUGCUGUAUGUGUUACUCUUGCAAGCUUUGUUGUCGGAGCAGCCAAUCGUCAAAAAACUAAGUGAUGUCGAAGUGGUAUCGAAGUGAUGUCGAAGUGGUAUCGAAGUGAUGUCGAAGUGGUAUCGAACCAGGGAGGACGAACAUUACUCAGACGACAGAAAUGUAGCAUCUCGAUAAAUAAAAUACAUUUCUUAGUGUCA